UUUUCUUGCAUCAGUUAGCCAUUGACCAUAUGAAGACACAAAGCAUAAACACUAAACAAUACCGUAAACGACUCAAACUAAUCCAUCAGAUUGAAGGAGGAAGGAGUCUUUAUAUUCCUUCCUCUUUCGAUUUUCUCCCUUUGAUCUCUCUUCUCAGAAAGUUUCAUUUGCGAUUCUCAUCUUGGUCUCCAGUUUCCGCAUUGAUCAGACAUCAAGACUAGCUCCUAUUGCAUGCACAUGUAUACGUGCAUGCAUAUCUCAAAUCUUCUGUUACCAAACCGAUUAUUUUUUAUAUCCAUUUCUCGAAGGAUUAAUUUUCAGUCGAUAUUAUUAACAAGACAUGACAUCCGUGGGGUUCUGCGGGUUGAAGCCGUUACUCUUUCGUCAUCGCAAGACAAAUAUUUUUGAGGGAAUGAAAGUCUCUACGCCUAAGAAGUCUUCGAAGGCGCAGACUCAGAGCAAAGAAAAUGGAGAGUCGUUGGAAUUGUCAUUCGUGGGAGCAGACCAAUUGAUAUUAAUGGUGGAGAUCCAUAAAAAGAUCUUGGCAUUCAGAGACAUCAUGGACCUAGCUCCAUGUAACAGCUCUGCUUCCUUACGUGAGAUGGUUAUGAGAACCCUGCAAGAUCUACAAAGGCUUUACCCUGCAAUCAUACCAAAAAGUGAAGUGUCCAAGUUUAAGGACAAGCCUAUAGACAAGACUAUGGCCUACUUCUGCAAGGCCUUGAAGUCUCUUGGAGAAUCGUGGAUGAUGAAUAAUGAUUGGAUGAAUAAGCUCAAUAUUGCAUUACCAUCAUGCAAGGAUAACAGCAAUAUGCGUCAUUUGGGUGAGGCCAUGUUGGUGACUCUAGACAGUUUGAUGAAGUUGGCAAGCGAGAAAUUUGACAUAGAGGAAUAUGAGCACCAUAAGAAAGAGUUGAUGAGCCCACGGUCCAGCUCAUUUGGAAAAUACAUAAUGAGAUGCUCUUCCUUUUCAGACAGCAGCUACUCUUGCUGCUCUUCUCCUGCCACACCUAAAUCUGUGCUCCCAGAGAUGAUGAAAUACAAUGCCAGACAUGGAGACAGUCCAAGAAGUUCUUGUGCCUCACCACAUCAUUUGUCAUCCCUCAGAGUUCAAGCUGUGGGAAAGUUGAACCCAAUUGAUGUAAAGCGCUUGUCUUCCCAAACAUCACCAACAAAUAUUCACAAGGUAGAAGAGGAAACCAAAAUGGAAGUGGAUGACAAGGUUUCAAGCCCUAGAAAGGACUCAACAGAAGAUCUAGUGUUCCACUUGGACACAUCAGAAGAAUCAGAUUGCUCAACCAACGAUCAUAAACAUACAACCAAACCUCAACCAAACUCUCCUAAACCAGCACAAACACCUCUACAAGAAGAAGCAAUACCUGUAUCUUCAUCUUCCCCUUCACCUUCCCCUUCACUUACACCCUCAUCCCCUCCAACACCAUGCAUACUACAAUCUCCCCCAUCCAUGACCAUGGUAGAGACUACGCCAGCAACAGCUCCACCACCUCCACCACCCAUUCCCUCGAAAGGUGGAUCAGUUCCAGCACCUCCACCACCGGCACGAGGCGGCGGAAAUGGAGGGGGCCCACCACCGCCACCUCCUCUUGGAGGAGGAAGAUCCUUGCGCGCUAAGGCAACUACUAAGUUGAAAAGAUCGACACAACUAGGCAACCUGUAUCGAACUCUGAAAGGAAAAGUGGAAGGCGAGAGCCUAACUGUAAAAUCUGCUGGGAAAAAAGGUGCCAUUGGAGGAGCAAGCAACGGAGGGAAACAAGGAAUGGCUGAUGCUCUAGCAGAGAUGACAAAAAGAUCCUCUUACUUCCAACAAAUAGAAGAAGAUGUUCAGAAGUACACUGAGCAAAUCAUAGAGCUGAGAUCUUCCAUUACUAAUUUCAAGACAAAGGAAAUGGCAGAAUUGAUCAAGUUCCACAAAGAAGUUGAAUCCGUUCUUGAGAAUCUAACUGAUGAGUCCCAGGUGCUAUCACGGUUUGAAGGAUUCCCCACAAAGAAGUUGGAAGCUAUGAGAAUGGCAGCAGCACUGUGCAAUAAGUUGAACUCAUUACUAACUGAGCUUCAAAACUGGAAAAUAGUGCCUCCCCUCGGCCAGCAACUGGACAAGGUUGAUCGUUAUUUCAGCAAGAUCAAAACAGAUUUGGAUGCUUUGGAAAGAACCAAAGACGAAGAAACUAAGAAGUUUAAGGGUCACAACAUCGAAUUUGACUUCAGCAUUCUUAUAAAGAUCAAGGAAGCAUUGGUGGACCUUUCCUCCAAUUGCAUGGAGUUGGCACUUAAGGAGAAGCGUAAUGCCGCCGCCGCUGAUGGUGGUGGUAAGAAUGAGAGACCAAAAAAGGGAGGUGCUUCGUUGCUUUGGAAAGCUUUCCAAUUUGCAUUUCGGGUCUACACUUUUGCUGGUGGCCUUGAUGAUCGUGCAGACAAGCUAACAAAAGAAUUGGCCCAGGAAAUACAAAGUGACCCGAACCCUAACCAACUAUGAUUUAGUUGGAUUUAUGCUUUGUACAUGCAUGGAGUAAAAGUUGACAUAUAUGGUUGUGACAUGGUGAGGUUCUUUCUGCAUAUCCAUCAUGAACCCCCUAUUUUAGUCUCAAAGCCAUUUGUAUAUUAAUGAUCCUUGGCAAUUCGGAGUUAUAAUUUUUAAAUUUUGAUAGGAGCUAGUCAUGCUUGGAGAGUUUUGAAAAUUAAUUGCGGGAACUCUACUGGAAGUAUGAAGCUAAACUUUGCAACUUCACCAUAGGUUGUUCUAUAUAUGUUUAUAUACAUGAUAUAUGUUGAUAUAUAUAGUUCCCCCUUAUCAGUUU